AUGCCCCGAUCUUGCAAGGGUAAGCCCGUAAUUGUUGCCAACGUGGCUAGCUGUCAUCAUACAUCUUCUAAUUUGGUACGUUCCGAGCUGAUUUUCACCGAAUGGAGCUUUCUGUCCGUUCAAGGACCCCAGAUCAUCAAACUGGAAGACGCCAACGCAAAAAGGAGGAUGCGGCGCGGUAUUAUCUGUGACGUCAUUUUCGUGUCGGAACGGCCGCGAUCGCCCCAGCGGAAACAAGCUGGUUUAAUGAAGGCUACGAUGAAUUGUUAUGAUCAUACUGAAGACGGUAGCAGUCUUUUCAACAUCAGAGGCGGCGCGAGUAAAGUGUUGACGGUCAGUUUUGAGAUGCAGUGGAAAUUGCAAAAGAGCUAG